GGCGUUGGCGCCGGAGGGCGGCGCUGAGAGGUGGUGGGCUGCUGCCUUUUGACCUCUCCCGAGAGCAGAUGGAGUGGGCCCGUGGCCGCUAGCCAGAGGGACUGCAGCUGCGAGGCCAGGGCGACCCCGGGACCCUGGCAGCUGCCACCGGUGGGAACGAGACCCCUGGGCUUGAGCGAGAUGGCGUUUAAUGAUUGCUUUAGUUUGAGCUAUCCUGGUAACCCCCAGCCAGGGGACUUGAUUGAGGUAUUUCGUUCGGGCUACCAGCACUGGGCACUGUACUUGGGUGAUGGUUAUGUUAUCAACAUAGCACCUCUAGAGGAUAGCAUUUCUGCAUCAUUUACAAGCGCCAAGUCUGUAUUCAGCCGGAAGGCCCUGGUGAAGAUGCAGCUGCUGAGGGAUGUUGUGGGAAAUGACACAUACAGAAUAAACAAUAAAUAUGAUGGGACCUACUCCCCUCUCCCUGUGGAAGAAGUCAUGCAACGGUCAGAGACGGUUAUUGGACAGGAGGUGGAAUAUGACAUACUUGUCAACAACUGUGAGCAUUUUGUGACUUUGCUUCGUUAUGGAGAAGGAGUUUCAGAGCAGGCCAACCAAGCGAUAAGUACCAUUGGAUUUGUGGCAGCUGCUGCUGGUGCCUUUUCACUCCUGGGCUUGUUUCCAAAAAGACAAAGAGCAAAACACUAUUAAUCAUUUACUGAAGAGAUAUUGGAACUGAAGGAAUUUGUGAGGAGGGGAAAAAAACUGGGAUGAAUACUUAUUUUUCAAUGCAUCAUUAUUGUUCCAAAUUCCAGUGAUGGAUGGCAGGCUCCUUAAUAAAUUGUUUACUGAUAUUA